CGUUGAUUUAUAGCAUCUCCAAGCCAAGUAGUAUAUCGUUAGAAAUACUCAAAAGCGGUAAACAGAACUGGACAACAUGCUCCCUCUUACAUUAUUAAAGACAGCUCAAAGCCAUCCUAUGUUGGUAGAACUAAAAAAUGGUGAGACGUACAACGGACAUUUGGUUAGCUGUGAUUCAUGGAUGAAUAUAAAUCUUCGAGAUGUUAUUUGUACAUCAAAGGACGGAGACAGAUUUUGGCGGAUGCCUGAAUGCUAUGUACGAGGCAGUACAAUUAAAUACCUACGAAUCCCAGAUGAAGUUAUUGAUAUGGUGAAGGACGAUGCACAAGCGAAGGCAAGAAUGCGUUCCGAAAUGAAUAAAGGAAGAGUAGGAGCUGGGUCCCAAAACCAAAACGUUAGAGGACAGCUUCGCCCACGUUAUAAGAAUACACCACAAAACGGCUUGAAAAGUGGCUCUCGUGGUCCAAUUAACCGUCCUCUUUCUCAAGCCGGUGUCAAUAAAACUAGAAAAUGAUUUCCUCAUUUGGCAAAUAAAAGUUAUCUUAAAAUCUAUAAAGUAAAAUUGUAAACAAUUUGAAAUCUCUAGUAUAAGUACAUAUGUAUGUAUAACAUGAAUUAAAUUUUUAAUAUUUCACA